AUGCCAAUCGUGGCUCUCUAAAUACUUCCAUUAAAUGAAAAUAUAAGCUUAGAUUUGGAAAAAGAUACUUCGAUCAAUGAAUUAUUCGAAUUCAUUAAGGGUUAAUUUGGAUCUAGACUUAAUUCAGACGUAUAAACCUGGACUUGCUAUUCUUAGUUAAAACGCAUGAAUUUAAAUCGCGUCAGUUGCAUAGGAGAUGUAUAAAAUGAAACGCUAACCAUCAAUACUUUGCCUAAUGCAGGAAUUCAAAUGUAUACUCCAAAUAGUAAUCUUGUAAACUCAUCCUCUAACAUUCAAAAUUAUGUUAAUGUCUAAUAAUUUCCAGCUCCAGUCCAAUAAUAAGCGUAACCUUAACAAUUUCCACCCCAAAAUUCUAUUCCAUAAUAAUAAUAAAAUCAAUCCUAACCUCAAAAAUCUAAUCCUAAUUAAGUUUAAAAUCAAAAUUCGGGUUAAUCUUAAGAUCAGUCAAAUUAAGUAAUUCUCCAUUUAACAAUAACUGAUGGGAUUUAACAAAGAAAAUUCUAAAGUAUUUUUACUAAAAAUGAUUUGCUUGAAGAUGUAGCAACUGCUGUGCUUUCCUAUUUAGGAGUAGCAAAAGAGGCAGCAUCUUGUGAUUUAAUUAUUUUUGGUUAAACUUACAAUAGCCCUGAAAAACGUCAAAAAUCACUUCUUCAGUUAUCCAUUUAAUCUAAUACAACUAUAGAUGCCCGCUUGAGAUGGAUUGGUGGUAGCCAACAAUGAUAAAAGGUUUAUCAUAUAAUAUAAUUAUAUCUUAUAAUGUACCA